AAAGGGAGCCGGGGGCUGUCUCCAGCAGAGGUCAGUGCCCACUGCGCUUACAGCCUGAGGGUAGAGAAAGGGGAGCUGGUGGAAAAGUACCAAGAAGGUCACUGGCUGGGAAAAGUUUCUGGUGGGUCGCUGGGCAAAUAAGGAAGAUAAGCCGUGGGUAGGUCACUCCGCUGCUCAACUGUCCUUGGUCGCUGCUGGUGGCGGUGGGGGUUAUUCCAGUAAGCCACCUGGGAGGGGGAGGGGGUCUGCCCUUAUGUUCGCCCUGACCAAUACCUCCAGAAAAAAGAAAAGGCACCCCCCUCACAGCACUGGACAAAGCUCUUUUCAUCCCUUAUUAAGACACCCUGGGAGCCCAGUGUGAUCCCAGCACACGGGAGACUGAGGCAGGAGGAUCGGGAGUUGGAGGCCGGCCUGCGCUACACUGCGAGACCCUGUCUCAAAAAUAAACACGCAAACAGCAAAGUAAAAAUGAGAAAGAAAUGAAAGAUUCCUUGGCUUGGGGGAAUAAAAAAGCCACAAGUGGGAUUGCAACAUCACAAGUCCCAAGCCGCUGACGGCGCGCACUUCCGGGGUUCUCCGCUGGGCGUCCCACCUCUGUCCGGCCGCGUCCUCUCCUUCCUCCCUGGAAUCUACUAAGGGGCGUCGCGACGGCCUUCGUAUCCUCCACGUGGAGCCCAAGGCCGCCACAGUCACCGCCAUCAAGCACCGUUCACGCCCACCGUCACCAUCACACCCAGCGCCGCCGACCACGCCCGCGCAAGCCGGAAGUCACCCGGACAAGUAAAGAAAAGGACCGGAUGUUCCGUCUUUCCCUCACGGAAAAAAAGGUGGCCCGAAGGGUCAAUUUAGGGCUGGCCAUUUUACCGCGUGAAUCGCCUUGUGAGGCCCGUCGUUGAAUGUCAUUGGGACCCCCAGCAGGAAUGGCAGCCCCGUCCAUGAAGGAAAGGCAGGCUUGCUGGGGAGCCCGCGACCUUUACUGGCAGUGUCUGGACGAAAACGCCGAGGACGCGUCCCGGUGCCAGCAACUGAGGAGCUCCUUCGAGUCGAGCUGUCCCCAGCAGUGGAUAAAGUAUUUCGAUAAAAGAAGAGACUAUUUAAAAUUCAAGGAAAAAUUUGAAGCAGGACAAUUCCAGUCUUCGAGAUCAACGGCGAAUUCCUAGGCUGCUUCCAACCUUUUCACACAGGUUGAAAUGCUUCUUUCUGGACAUUCAGAGGUGCUUAGCUGGUUCUGGGACAGCGGCUGUGUGAGUCAUGGGUCACAUUGAUGCUGCUCCCGUGAGCAGCACUGGUAAAAUGACCAAGGAAGAGAGGAGCCCACAUUCACACUGUGAAGAACCCAAUAUACUUGUAUUCAACAGCUUUAAGAAAUCUGUUUUAAGAAAAAAAGAAAAUUAAAGCCUAUUAUA